CGAAAUGGACCGUGCUGUGAAAGGGGAAUGUGAGGGGGCUGAGCCAGAGAUGGAGGAAUUGCAGGACGUGGGCUCUGGAAUAAUGGAUAUGGGCGACGAGGAGGAGAUUGAGGAACUUCAUAAAAGCUUAAAGGAAGCUGUGCAAGAUCCAUCUGUGAAGCCUAAACUACAGUGUCUGAUGGUGGACCCAUCCUUCUCCAUGGUGACAGUGCAGAGCGAGGACAGUGGGAUCGUAUGGGAGACUGCUUCUAGCAGAUGCUCUACUCCAUGGGCUUCAGAGGGAAGCUCGCCAUCUGAACAGUACAGCCUAGAAGGUUCUGGCACACAGGGAAAUAUUGUAAUUAUAAUGGACGAAGACAGAAUUAAGAGGAAGAAAACAAGCAGCAGAGGCAAGCUGGGUGAAAGGUUUAAAAAGUCAGGCUCCAGAGUGCCAAAAAGUCGGGUGGGUGAGGAAAGACCUGCGAUGAUAGAGGUAGCCCUGCCAAAUAUACGACCUGAAAGUAGUGAGGAUGAUCUCUCUGCUGUUAGCAAGGAUCAAGAUCUCUUUAGUUUGGUAUCGGAGGGUUUUGAAAUACUCAAUAUUGUCGUACCUUCAAAGCUCGCUACAGUAGAUGAGGAAGAUAGCACUGAACUGACAGAAAAUUUGGCCUACUUGGAUAAUACCCCAAAGAUAAAAUCCAAACCUAAGCAUGAACCUUUAGAAGCAAAUGGUUAUUGUGUGAGCUCAGAAGCUAACGAAAUAAAGCAAAAUGAAAGCUUGAAUGAUUCAUCCCAGAUCUCAGAUGAUAAACAAUCCAAAAAAGAUGAAACUCAAAUGGACUAUCUUGAAAAAUUCACACUGUUAGAUGAGCAGGCACCUAGUGAUGGACUUGCACCGACAGAAAAUCUUGUAGCAGAAGUGACUGUCCAGCCAGAGGUACCUCCGGCGAAUCAGAAAGAAUCAAAAGCAGAUGAACCCAUUGAGGAGGAUUCCUUUGUGAUCAUUAGCGAUGUUGAAAUCGCAGGUGAACUUCUCGAUGAAGUCUUCUACGGAAGUAAAUCCAAUGCAGAGCCUGUAGUGCCUCAAGAACAUGGACGAAUCACAAGACAGAGCUCUAAAUCUUUAAAAGAAAGUGGAUCAGUCUUAUUUGGGAGUCAGGAAUGUAUUCUCACACCUGUUUACCUUCCAACUGGACCACCAAAGAUCAUUGAUCAAGUCCUACUUGAGGAACCACGAGCAAUGUCCUUCCAUUACUCAGACCUCUAUGAGGACGCAAUAGGAGACCGGAAGAAGGAAGAUGAAUUCUCUGAUACUGAGAGUGUAGUUUCUGAGAGGUCCUUCAAAAGAAGAUGCUCUGACUCAGAUGAUGGAGAUGGAUAUUUGGAGAAAUUCACUCUGAAAGAUGAAACACCAGCCGCUGCACUUGUACCCGAGGACAAAGGGAAGGUAGAUGGGGGGAUGUUAGUAUGGCCACAAAGUAAAUUUGAACUUACCGGAUGUUUGGAAAGAGCACAAGAAGAAAGUGAUGAAGUAACUGUUGAACAACAGUGUGCACCGGAUAAAAAUAAAAGUGAAGCGAAGUGUGAGUCCACAGGGUGUUGUUCAAAUGGACACUGUGGUCCCGAAAUUCAACCAAAGGUGGAAGUAAUCAUUAAAGAAAAAGUCAUAUCGGAUGACUUGGUUGCAAAGCAUAGAAGGGAAGAUAUCAAGCCAUGUGAUAUCACUGUCAGAAUCAAGGACACAACUAUCACAACUAAAAGUGAGUCUGAUGACAAACACCCUCCACAGGUGGUUGAGCCUAAAAACAAAACCACUAAUAAAGAAGAACAUGGUAGACAAAAACCAAAAGGUCUGACUGCUCGUAUUGAAGUACCAAGGAGUUUAGAGCAUGAAGAUGUUAGUAAAACUAAGGAUGAACUUGAAAUUCUUUCUAAAACAAAGAUCUCAGAGAAUAUACAGGUUGAGAUACCACAUGAAGUUGAAAAAGUUAGGGUUUCUAAGGACAGCAUAGGGAAAAAUAAUAAAUCACCUGAUGUCAUUACUGACAUUCAGAAAACGAAUAUGAUUACAAAAUUUGACAAAGGAGAGAAGGACGAAACACAGAUGCAGAGCAAACUUCUAGACAAAGAUAAAAUUCAAAGGGUGGAUAAAGGCAAGACUGAAAUUGUAAAAAACCAAGCACCAGAAAUAUUUGCUCAAAAGGUUAUCAGUAUCAAAGAAACACCAACAGAUAAAACAGAGCUUCCAAAAGCUAAAGAACUACCAAGAGUAGAAAAAGAGGACAAACCUUUAAAAGAAACUUCUAAGGCUUCUGGAGUAAAACAUUCUGCAAAAUCCAGAGAAAUAGAUUCUCUAGUGCACCAAAAAGGAGAAACACUUGCUGUAGUUGAGGAGAAAGUAAGUGAAGGAUUAACACCCAAGUCAGAGAAACAUGAGAAAGUAAUUGACAUUAUUGGAGCAGUGCAAGAGGUCGAUGCACAAAUCAAUAGUAUAGAAGUGUUAGCAGAAAUUAAAAAGAAGCCAGAGUCUAACAUUACUGCAGUUCUCAGAGGAUCAGAGCAAUCACAUUCAAGUAAAAUAGUUACAACAACCACUGAGCUUCUGACUAAACCUGAGAUUACAAAUGAGACGAAAAUGCCCCCAGAACUAGAAAAUGAUUCCAGCUCAGCAAACAAUAAAGCCAAAGAGGACAUUUAUGUAGAUAGACCUACAGCUGAGAUACCAAUCCUGAAACAAAGUCUGGAAAAGCAAAAGAAACUUAUUUACAUACCUGAGAUUGAACCUAAGGUCACAAAAAAGCUAGAACAAGUUGAGGAAAUCAAGGUAGAUGUUGUAGAGGAAUCAAACAAGAAGGCAGAAACCACACAAGAGCCUGUUCAGGAGGAGAUACCUUCUGAGAACAGAGCAAAAACUGAGAUUGAAGACAUAGUUGAGUCAAGGCAAGAAUGUAGCUUGUUGGUUAAUGAAAAGGAGACAUCUGUUCCAGAAGUCACAGAGAACAAGAGUAUAACCGCAGACAAAGAGGACUCUUCAAAAGUAAGACUGUCAUCUGUUGUACCAACAAAGGAGGUAGAAUUCGAAGAACAUAGUAAAAUAAACGAUGUAACCACAGAGAUACCUGUCAAAGAGAAUUCUGAGAUUAAGAUUUUACCUCUAGCAUCAACAUUAGAGAAAGGAAAGAAAACUCAGAUUGAAGAUAUAACAGAUUUACCGGAACCCAUCUCACCUCCUCCACAAGUUGAUGAAGAAGACUCCUCCGUGAUGAGAGUUUCACCAUUAGAGCCAGAAGAUAGUAAAAAAGCUUAUGAAGAAAUACAUGGAGGAGGAAUAAGCCUAAGUAAGAAUAAAGGUGUCUUCUCGUUAUUGCGAAGCUACACACCUCAAGAGGACCUCUCGGCCUUGAGCUUUGACCCAGAUGUGCAGCGGGACAUUGCAGAGGAGCUUGAUUAUGAGAUGAUCGAUGAACAAGAGGCAAAACAGUCUGAACAAGCAAGAACUGAGGAUGGGAAAAUUUGCCUGCCAGAUCAAGCUCUGGAGAUGGGCUUUGAAUUUGUUGAGGAUUUAGACAGUGCCCAGUUGGCAGAUGAACUUGAAGAGGAUGUAGAAAUUCAACCAAUGGAUGCAUUCUGCCUUGAUUGUCUUUGCCCAAUACUGCUGAGUGAGGCUGAACAUCAAAAUCAUAAGGUGGCUUCUCUGGGAGAGGCCUUUGACAGUAUGAAGAAAAGACUAAGUGAAAUGAUAUCAGUUUUGCAGUCAAGAUCAGAAAAUAUCGAAGACUUUGUGUCUGAGCUUGAGGUGGCAUACAACACAGUGGAGGAGAACUAUAAUGAUUGUGAGAAGACCAUAAAGGUACACAAUGAGGAGGAGCUGAAGCUAGUGAUGGAUCAGUAUAAUGAGAUGUCCCAGGCCAUGGAGGAGCAGAAAAAGGCCAGACUGGAGCAGUUGUACGACCAGAUUGUGUCGUUCCAAGAGAAUAUCGACAAGGCCAAGGAAACUUUGGAGACAACAGCCAAGGAGGAAGAAGAGACGGAUCCGCUUACGUUUAUUUCUAAAUCAAAAGACAUCAGUAUGAGGUUGAAUACAGCUUUGGAAUCCACCAUGUCACUUGAACUUGGUCCACGAGGCCUGCUGGUUUUUGAGGAUUACGCCAAGGGCAAGUCAGGCAAUCAGGGGAAAAACAGACAAGCCAUUCCAGUGCCUCAAAAACCACAUCUUCAGCCACAGGAGGCCAAUUCUGCAACCAGCACUUCAGUCACUGUGUACUGGAGAGUCAACGAAGAUGACAUUAUCGACUGCUUCCAAGUCUACUGUAUGGAAGAGCCACAAGGAGCUAUCUCAGAGGAGUACAGAGUGACGGUGAAGGAGAGCUACUGUAAUCUAGAGGAGCUGGAACCUGAUAAGUGUUAUAAAGUGUGGGUGAUGGCGGUAAACUACACAGGCUGCAGCAUGCCAAGCGAGAGACUACCCUUCAAAACAGCUCCCUCUGUCCCAGUGAUCAACACAGAGCAGUGCACAGUGCUUUGGGACAGUGCCACGCUGCGGUGGAGCUCUGUUCAGCCCAGCGCUGUGGACAGCUUCACUCUGGAGUACUGCCGACAAUAUGCCUGUGAGAGAGAGGGACUCAGAUCCAUAUCAGGGAUAAAAGGCUAUGAGCAGAGGGUCCUCCUUCAGCCCAAUGAAAAUUACCUCUUCUACAUCAAAUCAGUGAACGCCGGAGGGUCCAGUGAACAGAGCGAGGCGGCUCUCAUCUCCACCAGAGGUACGAGAUUCCACUUCCUCAGAGAAUCAGCGCACUCUGUGCUGAAGGUUUCAGAGGACAGGAACUCAGUGGAGUACCCACACGACACCUACAACAAGAUGUCCUCAGUCAUAGAUUGUCCAUCAGUUAUGGGGGAGAUUUUACAAUCGAAUGGGUAUUACUACUGGGAGACAGAGGUGUCGAGAUGCAAAGCGUACCGCAUCGGCAUUGCAUAUCAAACUACAUCACAAACCAGGACACUGGGAGAGGACAGCGCCUCCUGGUGUCUGCACUGCGUACCCACAUCUAUAAGCUGCAGGUUUGAGCUUCUUCAUGAGCGUGUGGAGUCUGAUAUCUUUGUGACGGACAUCCCGGCGCGGAUUGGUACCUUGUUGGACUACAGCCAAGGUUGCCUCUUCUUCUUUAAUGCUCAAAGCGGCCAGGUUUUGGGCAGUUUUCAGCACAAAUUCGCUCAGCCCUGCCACCCGGUGUUUGUCCUGGAGCAGCCGGGGAAUCUGGAGCUGAAAAUGACCAUGGAGGUGCCUGAGUUUGUUAAGCACUGCUAGUUUACAAGGCCCACGUCUUAAUG